CUCGGCUUCUCUCCGAUUUUUCAUACCCGUUCUGCCAUCUUCCUUCGCCGAUCAUCAAUCAUCCAAAACUCCAAAAUGGCGAAGCACGAGGAUCUUCCCAUUCCGGUGUACUCCGAGCUCGAGCCCGUGUACGGCGAUGGCUCUCAGUUGGAGGAAGCGCAGCUGCGGUUCGACAGGCUCAAGGCCAAGUUCGUCGAGGCCUUCGGUCAUCCUCCCGAAGUAUUUGCGCGAUCUCCAGGUAGAGUGAAUUUGAUUGGGGAACACAUUGAUUACGAGGGUUAUUCGGUGUUGCCGAUGGCGAUACGGCAAGACACGAUCGUCGCGAUUCGCAAGUACGAUUCUGGAAAGGCAGAGCAGGUUCUUCGUAUUGGGAAUGUCGAUGACAAGUACACAAUGUGCAGUUAUCCUGCUGAUCCCGAGCAGGAACUUGAUUUGAAGAAUCACAGAUGGGGCCAUUACUUCAUCUGUGGGUACAAAGGUUUUUAUGAAUUUGCAAAGUCAAAAGGACUAGAUGUUGGUGCGCCAGUGUCACUUGAUGUUGUCAUUGAUGGAACAGUUCCAGCUGGCUCUGGACUUUCAAGCUCUGCAGCAUUUGUUUGUUCUUCUACAAUUGCUAUUAUGGCAGUUCAUGGGGCAAACUUUCCCAAGAAAGAAGUUGCUCAAUUGACAUGCGAGUGUGAACGACAUAUUGGAACUCAGUCUGGUGGAAUGGAUCAGGCCAUAUCCGUGAUGGCUAAACCUGGAUUUGCUGAGCUCAUUGAUUUCAACCCUAUUCAAGCAACCGAUGUUCAACUUCCUGCCGGUGGAACAUUUGUAAUAGCUCAUUCCCUGGCGGAAUCGCAGAAGGCUGUCACUGCUGCAACUAACUACAAUAAUAGAGUGGUGGAGUGUCGAUUAGCAGCGAUUGUUCUCGGGAUAAAGCGUGGAAUGAAACCACAGGAGGCCAUAUCAAAAGUUAAAACUCUUUCUGAUGUAGAAGGGUUGUGUGUAUCAUUUGCCAGUGAACAUGGUUCUUCUGAUCCUGUUGUUGCGGUUAAGGAACUUCUCCAUGAGGAACCUUAUACAGCAGAGGAACUUGAGAUAAUUACUGAGGAAAAUCUACCAUCCGUUUUAGGCAAUUCUCCAUCUUCUUUGGCUGUGUUAGAAGCCGCCAAGCACUUCAAAUUGUAUCAGAGAGCAUCUCAUGUGUAUUCUGAAGCCAAGAGAGUGUAUGCUUUCAAGGACACGGUAUAUUCUGAUUUAAGUGAUGAUGAUAUGCUAAAGAAGCUUGGUGACCUCAUGAAUGAGAGCCACUACAGCUGCAGCGUUUUGUACGAGUGCAGCUGCCCUGAAUUGGAGGAGCUCGUGAAGGCUUGUCGCGACAAUGACGCUCUAGGCGCGAGGCUUACCGGAGCUGGAUGGGGUGGAUGCGCAGUCGCUCUCGUCAAAGAGAGCAUCGUCCCACAGUUCAUCCUCAAUCUGAAGGAGCGCUUCUACCAAUCAAGAAUCGAUCGGGGAGUGAUCAACAAGAACGAUCUCGGCCUCUACCUAUUCGCCUCCAAGCCGUCAAGCGGAGCUGCCAUCUUCAAUUUCUAGCGUUCCUCUUGCUGGUAUUGAACUAAAAGUAUUUAGGGACGCAUUUCCAAGUUGGACUUUUGGGAGUUUCUCGACCGGACUCUUAGAUUGAAUAAAAGAUGUCAACAUCUAUUUGGAGGUUUUGUUA